UCGGGGCUUUAAGUCCUUGAUUAGAAGUGUGUGAGAGCUUUUGGUCCCAACUGGCUGUGCCUAUAGUCUUGUCACCAGGAGAACAUUUGUGUUAAUUGCACCGUUGCUCUGUCAAGGAAACUUUGAUUUAUAGCUGGGCGCACAAAUAAUGGUUGCCGAGCGCACAUGGAUUCGGUAGAACUUUGCCUUCCUGAAUCUUUUUCCCUGCACUACGAAGAAGAUUUUCAGAAUUUAAAGAUCAAUUAUUGAAGGAGAAUAUAGGAUAAUAAAUAAGACCAUUUCGUUGGAUUCCUAAUUUUAAAACAAGAUGAGUUCCAGAGAUUUGCCCAAUUUAUCUCAACAGUGGAUAAAGCUUCUCUGCAGAAUGUCAAGCAAGGACCGACAUAUUGAUUCCAGCUGCUCGUCAUAUAUCAAGACGGAACCCUCAAGCCCCGCUUCCUUGACGGACAGUAUCAACCACCACAGCCCUGGUGGCUCUUCUGACGCUAGUGGGAGCUACAGUUCCACCAUGAACGGUCACCAGAAUGGACUGGACUCUCCACCACUGUACCCUUCAGCUACGGGUCUUGGUGGCAAUGGGCCUGUCAGGAAAAGAUAUGAUGACUGUUCCAGCACAAUCGCUGAAGAUUCACAAACAAAGUGUGAAUACAUGCUAAAUGCAAUGCCCAAAAGACUGUGCUUGGUGUGUGGCGACAUAGCAUCAGGGUACCAUUACGGUGUAGCGUCAUGUGAGGCCUGUAAGGCUUUUUUCAAAAGGACAAUUCAAGGCAAUAUAGAAUACAGCUGUCCUGCAACGAAUGAAUGUGAAAUUACAAAACGCAGACGCAAGUCCUGCCAGGCCUGUCGCUUCAUGAAGUGUUUAAAAGUCGGCAUGCUGAAAGAAGGAGUGCGUCUUGAUAGAGUGCGUGGAGGCAGACAGAAGUACAAGCGCAGGAUAGACGCGGAGAACAGUCCAUAUCUGAACCCACAGCUUGUACAACCAGCCAAAAAGCCAUAUAACAAGAUUGUGUCACAUUUGUUAGUGGCUGAACCAGAGAAGAUCUAUGCUAUGCCAGACCCAACUGUUCCUGAUAGCGACAUCAAAGCUCUCACUACACUCUGUGACCUGGCUGACAGAGAAUUGGUAGUUAUCAUUGGAUGGGCCAAACAUAUUCCAGGAUUUUCCACUUUGUCCUUGGCUGACCAGAUGAGCCUCCUACAGAGUGCAUGGAUGGAGAUCCUAAUCCUUGGUAUAGUGUAUCGAUCACUGUCUUUCGAAGAUGAGCUAGUCUAUGCAGAAGACUAUAUCAUGGAUGAAGACCAAUCAAAGUUGGCAGGGUUGCUUGAGUUAAACAAUGCCAUUUUGCAACUGGUGAAAAAGUAUAAGAGUAUGAAGCUUGAAAAGGAAGAGUUUGUAACCUUGAAAGCUAUAGCGCUUGCUAAUUCAGACUCAAUGCACAUAGAAGAUGUAGAGGCCGUACAAAAACUUCAAGACGUCUUACAUGAGGCUCUUCAGGAUUAUGAGGCGGGCCAGCAUAUUGAAGACCCUCGCCGGGCUGGCAAACUACUGAUGACACUGCCACUUCUAAGGCAAACAUCUACCAAGGCAGUGCAGCAUUUCUACAACAUAAAACUGGAAGGAAAAGUCCCUAUGCACAAACUUUUUUUGGAAAUGCUUGAGGCAAAGGUCUGACUAAAAGCAUCUUGGGUAUUCCCAGUGCACACACUGACAGAAUAAGAGAAAACAAACAUAAUUAUCACAGCAAAUAAACUUAAAACUAAAUUAAAAGCAAUUGACUGCAAAUAUAUUUAGCAGCAGGACCGAAGCAGCGUUCAACUUGUGUCUCUAACGGAUGCAAUGUUUCCCCUCAUUAUUUUGCUGCUGAACUUAAUAAAAAUAAAAGUCUUUAAAUUAAAAGAGACGGAAGCCAGCCCUGCCAAAGGACAAAUAAUUAUAUUAUGGACACUACUGAAUAUAAUAUGGACCAUAAUGUCCCUAAUGACAAAGGAAUCACGGAUUUGACAUAUCUUGUGUAAAGUACAAAAAUGACUGAAUUGCAGUAUUAGGAUUUCAUGGAAGCAGUCUCUUACUAGACACUUAAGCAAUCUUUUGCCUGCUUCAGCUCAUUUCAUUUUCCAUACAGAUCACAGCAUUCGAUUCCUUAUUUUUUCAAGUCUUCCAGAUAUUUCUUGGUUAGGUACUAUAUAACUUUUUCAGGGAAUAGUUUAAGCUUUAUUCAUUCAUGCAAUACUGAUGACAAAAUACUGCAUUUUAGUGCUGGCUAAAAAAAUAAUAAUAAUAAUGAACAAUUAUGAAGGACGUAUAUCCAUAAGGAAGGUUUUUUAAAUUUGUUUUCUUGUUAUAAAUGGAGAUUAUUUUCUACUGGCUUUACCACUUUCAUCCACUUGUUUAUGUGGGGAUUUAUCUUAUUCAAGCAAUAGUUAAAGGGAAGGUGCAUAUAACCACGGAUGCAAUUAAUGUUGUGUGCCAGUGUGGUCCAGAUUAUUCAGUUUCUUAUAUAUAUAAAACCCAAUACAACUGUAUGAUCAGAGAUAUUAGAUUACACCUGCAGUGCAUAUAUAUUUUAAUGUGCUUAAAGCAUCCAAUGAAAAGGACGGUUGCAAAUGGCUUCUGUUUUUAUUCAGAAGAACUUAGAAUUUUCAAAAUGAACCAAAUAAAAACAAAAUGGAACUUUGAAAAAAAAAAAUGGUUUGCAGGCAAUAAGGACAAAACAUCCACGAUGAACAUUUCUAAUGUACAUUUUUGUUUAGCCCAAGAAAAAAAAAAUUAGAAAUGAUUUUAAUUUUGAUUUCUACUGCAAAUUUUCUACACAUGGCUAAAGCAUUCUUUGGGAUUUUCAGCCUGCAAUAUUGGGUUCAAGACUGUUCCGAGGUGUAAUCUAAUGUAUAGAGACAAUACUCCCCUCAUUCCUGCAAAGAUACAGUCGCUAAGUAACCAAUUUACAGUUACCUACAUCAAUGCUAUGCCAAUAUACCAGUGUUAAUAGUUGCUCUCUGUAUCAUGUGAACACCCUUAUUAUAUGUACACAAAUGUAAUUAAAAUUGUAAUCCUAACAUACAAAAAAAAAAUAAUGAAAUGUAGUUCAACUUUUUCAAUGUUUCAUGUUUGCUAUGCUUAAUCCAAAAUUUUCUGUUGCAAUCCGAGAUUUUUGUCUUGUUCUUGUGGUGUUCAAUUUUUGUGAAGUGUGCUUUUAGACACAGGAUUUAAAGACCAAUUCUGGAUGUAUAAUUCCUCAGGAAUCUACAGUAAUUGAAUCUGCUCCUUCCUGUGUUAAAAAAGGAUCUUCCAGCUAGUAGAUCAAACCCAAAUAAGUUUUUUUACCCAUUGAAAAAAAGUCAUAAAGAUGUAAAAUGAUAAGAAUAUUUUUUUUCCCAAUAACUCAGAAUACCAGAGGAAAAAAAAAAAAAAUCUACUUAGACAUAAACUUGAUUUUGAAAUGCUGUAAAUAUAGCUUCUACCGAAACAUCUCAGAUGUUACUAACUUGAUCUGUGUUGUUGCAAAAACUUUUUUGGUGCAUAUAAUUUCCCCAAACUAUUGCUUCUCUUUUGUGCUUUAAACAGAAUACAGUGGUCUGAUAACACAUCAGUCCUGUCAUAUAAAUACUGUGUAUCUAUCAUUAGCUAUAUAAGGAAUAUAUUGUAGAUUGUGGUUUCUCAGUAGAGAAGUGACUUAGUGUGGUUCUAGAAAAAAAAAAUCAUCAGCAGUUCAUUCAUAGGUUUAAUACCUUGACAUCUAUAGCGUUGGGUAUUCAAAGAUUGGCACAUCCUUUUUCAAAUGACAAAAUUUACAACUCCUGGGUAAAAUGGUGCUGAUUGAAUGAUAUUAAUUAUUUAUGUAUGUGUGUAAAAACUUUAUUUUCCAAAGGCUUGUGCAAGGUUUAAAGAGACACUAAACCCAAUUUUUUUUUCUUUCAUGAUUCAGAUAGAGCAUGCAAUUUUAAGCAACUUUCUAAUUUACUCCUAUUAUUAAAUUUUCUUCGCUCAAUUGCUAUCUUUAUUUAAAAAGCAGGAAUAAGAUGCAUAGGAGUCGGCCGUUUUUGGUUGAGAACCUGAGGUAUGCUUGCUUAUUGGUGGCUAAAUGUAAGCCACCAAUAAGCAAGCGCUAUCCAUGGUGCUGAACCUAAAAUGGUCUGGCUGCUAAGAUUUACAUUCCUGUUUUUUUUUAAAUAAAGAUAGCAAGAGAACGAAGAAAAAUUGAUAAUAGGAGUAAAUUAGAAAGUUGCUUAAAAUGUCAUGCUGUAUCUGCAUCAUGUAAUAAAAAAUGUGGGUUUAGUAUCCCUUUAAGUUGCUUCAUUGAAAAUAUAUAUGCAUAAAUUAUAUACAACUGUAUACAAAUUGUUUUCACUGUAUUAAAUGUCUGUACUUGGGCUAUAGAUGUACAACUCAACUUAGACAACAAUACAUUAAUCGAACAAAUAGGUGAUUUUAGAAAUCAACAGUAUCUUCUCAUUUUGAAGGUAACUGUACAAUAGACAAGUGUACAAUUUGUGUUAAACCUUGCUGAAUGGUAGGUAUUUUAGGUUUGAUUCAACACUAUGUAGAAUAGGUUAUAGGAAAUCUAACUUAAGUAUGAUUUUAGCAAUACAUUUUUAUUUAUAGUUUUUCUUAAUUUUUAAAUUAUUUGUUAUUUAAAGCAAUAUGAUUGUGUGUCUCGAGAGAGUCACCAGAUGUCUCAAAUCAGAUAAAAAAAAGAAGCUGUAUUUAUUCCACUAUUUUGCAUUUAAAUUAUAUCAAGAGAUAAAAAAAAAAUUAAAUUGCUAUUUUUAUUAUAGAAGACAAAAUGGGUGUUGGUGGUUGUAUUUAAAUUAUUUAAACCUCUCAGUUUACCUGCCUAGGAAACAUCGAAUGGCAGUCUUAUGUGCAAAAAUCAUCAAAUAAACAAAAUGUUAAAUUAUUAUGCUAAACCAGGAGUUGAAACCUAGCCAGAAGUAAUAAAAAACCAUGUCUAUAGUUGUAGAUGUGUUUCACAUCUGUAAAGCAACCAACUGUAUAUUUUUGUGAUGUGUAUCAUACCAUGUGCUCCAAAAGCUGUCCAUUUGUGUAAAUGUAUUUAUUUAUAUUGUAUAUAUUGUUAAAUGCGAAAAGGAGAAAUGAUUCUGUAACUUUGAUUGGUACAGAUGUGUAAGUCAAAUUAUUAUGCCUUUCAGGAUGAUGAUAGAGCAAUAUUAAACAAGCUUCCACUUUUUGAUUGCU